AUGGGCGGGGCCGUGCGGGGGCGGGGCCUGCCGUCCUCGCGCCUGGGCCGGGAAGGGGCGGUGAAUCCUGUGGAGUGCUGCGCUCGGGGCCGCCCCUCCCGCCUCACCCCCACCCUCCACCGGUCCCCCCUCACCCCCACCCUCCACCGGUCCCCCCUCACCGCCACCCUCCACCGGUCCCCCCUCACCCCCACCCUCCACCGGUCCCCCCUCACCGCCACCCUCCACCGGUCCCCCCUCACCGCCACCCUCCACCGAUCCCCCACCCCCCGGACCCCCAACUCCCCAGAUCCCCGACCCCCCGGACCCCCAACUCCCCAGAUCCCCGACCCCCCGGACCCCCAACUCCCCAGAUCCCCGACCCCCCGGACCCCGCCCGGACCCCCGACGCCCCGGACCCCCGACGCCCUGGACCCCCAACUCCCCAGAUCCCCGACACCCAGGACCCCGCCCGGACCCUGCACGGACCCCGCCCGGACCCCCGACGCCCCGGACUCGCCCCGCGACCGCGCCCCCAAGCCGACAUCUCCCACACCAGCUGACCACAUCUCCCACACCAGCUCACCACAUCUCCCACACCAGCUCACCACAUCUCCCACACCAGCUGACAUCUCCCACACCAGCCGACAUCUCCCACACCAGCUGACCACAUCUCCCACACCAGCUGACCACAUCUCCCACACCAGCCCACAUCUCCCACACCAGCUCACCACAUCUCCCACACCAGCUCACCACAUCUCCCACACCAGCCGACAUCUCCCACACCAGCUGACAUCUCCCACACCAGAUGACAUCUCCCACACCAGCUCACCACAUCUCCCACGCCAGCUGACAUCUCCCACACUAGCCAACAUCUCCCACACCAGCUGA